UCGUUCCUCUCAAUUGCUGUAUUUUUCCGCUGAAAAUUUUUUAAUUUCCCUCACUGGGGAGGAUCCCUGACAAUAGCAGGGGUGAAAAGAUAAUUGUUGGAAAGACUGUCGCGAGCGGAAUGGGUGCUAAUUCAAAUAACCGUAGAACAGGUUGUCAUGGUAACGUGGUAACUAGAGACUCUAGAGUUUAUACAUCGAGUAAACCAGUUCUGCCCUUGUGUAGCUGAUUUGAUCGAGUUACUGUGGCUCUUCACCACUCGCAGUGACAGAGGUGGUUUUUAGAUUAUUUUUAUUGAUAUUUUUUGUAUUAAUCAUGUCCACUAGAGCUACAUCAGCGGAUUCAAUCUCCUGGCAAAAACGAGCAUUCGAGAGGCACCGCAAACGCGUGAAGACUGCCGUUCCCACCGUAGACAUGAACCCUCCCUGUACUCGCCCUCACGUCCUCCGAGAUGCUAAAAGACUGCAGUUGCAACGAGAACGACAGGCUGAAAUAAUGAGGAACAAUUUUAUUCUGUUAAGAAAUUUGGAGGAUAUUAUGCAUGGACGAAAGAAGAAGAGGUCUUAUCGAUUGGACGAGAAAACAACCCCCUGCAUAAAAACCCGCUGAAUAUCUGACUUUCCAUUUUUGUAUUUUUGUACGAGCACAUUUGUGUAUGCUGUAGUCAAAACAUUAAUUAAAUAGAAUAGAAUAUUUCUCGUUCCCUCCU